UCUCACCUCCCCAGAGACACCAAAUUACCUGUAUUUGUUUGGCCAGUUCUUCCUACAAACGUUGGCAAGAUGGUGAGCGGAUUCGAGGCCGUUGGCCUCGCUCUAGCAAUCUUUCCGGUUCUUGUGGAGGGGCUUAAAUUCUACACGCAUGAGAAGGGUGCUGUGAGUGACUUUCUCAAGUAUCAGCGGGUUCUGAUGCGUAUCUCCCGAGAUCUUGAUCGCGAAAGGACCAUGUUUCACAACACAUGUCAGCAGUUCCUGGAGGGUGUUGCAUCGCAGUGUGGAGUUGGAGAAGAGGAGGUAUCUGAGAUGAUGCUGGAUCCGAGAGAUCCCCGGUGGACGACCGGAGUACUAGUCGAAGAGCGUAUCUUCCAUCAGACUUCGGUCAAGCAAUAUCUUGAGGUCGUCGAGGAUAUGAAUGAAGAGCUGUCGAGAAUCAACCAGCUUAUCGGGAUACACAACGGGAGCCAGCCUGCACUGCUUGAUAAAAGGACACGCCGCCGGCAGUGGAAGAAGAUUAUUCUCGUGCUCACGAAAGACUCGAUCACCGACCAUCUGGCCAGAGCCAAUAAACUGAAUACAUUUCUCGCCUGGCUCACCGACCAAAACCAACCAACAGCCACGAACCCUCGUCCUUCUCGUCGGGGUACAAAGCAUUAUAGGCGCAUCCGGUCUCAUGCGAUUGGCCUCUAUAACAUUCUCAAGGCCCAAUUUCCCUCACACCCCGGCUGCAAAUGUGCCCUAGAGCCCCACCAUGUCAAUAUGAGAUUAGAGUUCCGCAAUGCGCAGAGUACAGCGAAGGGACUGUAUUUUCAUACCAUAUUUACAUCGGAAACUGCUUUCAACUCGGCCUCAAACUGGCGAGAGAUCGAAACAGAGCCAUGGGGAUCAGAUCCCGCCGAUCUAUGUCAGGAUACUACGGUACAUACUGCACAAGUACGAUUCGUCACAACCCCACCGAUGUCCCAAGAAAGUACGCUGUGUGGGGAUAAGGACGAAAUAUCCGACCUUUGUGCCGUGAUUACUGGACCCGCGUCAAAGGAUUGGCUAGGGUUUAUUGCGAGCACCCAAGGACACCAGCACCGUAUUCGCGCGAUGGACUCUCAGAAGCGAUUGCCCGCCUUCGACACCAUCCAAACGGUGUCACUAGGCGAGGUUCUCGCGGACGAGCACUUCGGCGAGGAACAGAGACUUCGCCUCGCGUUGAAGCUCGCUUCGUCGGUGAUGCAAUUACACACGACGGACUGGAUGACCGAUUUCUGGAGCAAGUCCGACAUUUCGUUUCUCCGGUCUUCCUACGGCAUCAUUGAUUUUGACAACCCUCUGAUCGGACGUACAUUUGGCGCAUCUAGCUUUACCAUGACGUCGUUGUCAAAGAAUCUCCCGCACCCCAUGCUGAACAUGCUGAACGCCUCAAUCCCCCCUCUAUUUUCCCUCGGGAUCGUACUUUUGGAGCUGCGAUACCGGCGUCUAUUCGAGGAUCUCAAGACCGAGCACGAACGGACCAUGAUACCGACAAACUCCGAUCUAUGGGCUGCGAGCCGCCUGACCGCUGACAUGCUCGGCAGCCCCAACUACCAAAACGUCGUGCGGCGAUGCAUCUUCGGUCUCGACGCGGCCUACCGGUCACUCACGGAAGCGAAUUUCCAAGCCGAAGUGGAGUACAAGAUCCUCUGCCCGCUCGCCGAGGACCUCAAGACCUACUGUGAUAAGGGUUCGGUCGAGGCCUGUCUAUAG